AUGCUGGUUGACCAGGUGCCUGACAUCAUCAGCUACAGUGGUGUCAUCAGCGCCUCCGAGCGAAGUGGCCAGUGGCCGGUGGCCAUUAGCCUCAUGGCCGACGCGGUUCUGGCAAAGCUUUCCUUGGACGUAAUCUGCUACAGCAGUGCGAUUAGUGUCUGCGAGAAGAACGGGCAGUGGGCGUAUGCUCUUAACAUCUUGAGUGCCAUGCGGGCGUCCACGGUCUGGCCCAACGUGGUCAGCUACAGCAGCGCCAUCAGCGCCUGCGAGAAGGGGGGCGAGUGGGCCGCUGCCCUGGGCCUGCUCUCAACCAUGCACGAUGCCAAUCUGGUGCCCGACGUCAUCUGCUACAACAGCGCCCUCAGCGCACUCGCAUCUCGCCCUAGAGUGCAGAAGCGAGAAUGGCCAGGCCCUAGACCUAGACGCUAA